GAAAGCAAAACUCUUCCAUCCAAUUGCAAUGCCACACUCGUACCCACCCAAAUACCGUGUUACAGCGGCUAACCAACUCUCUGAGGACUCGUCGCGGCAAUCUGCUGACUUCUGGUGCAAAGUUUUACUGCUUGUGUUUUGAAGUCUAUAGUCCGACUUCUAAAUCGUCAUCAGGAUCAGGAGAGACGGCAUUAUCAACCCAGCCUCUGGAUCUCAUAUCCAACACCAGAUUCUUUCCUUGCUGAGCAAUCUCUUCUUCCCCUAACAAAGAAGAUUUAUGGGUGUCCAAGAACACAGGAAAAAACUAAUGCCAAGUAUCUUUCUGGAGACUCUGGUGGUCUGUGUUCUCUUCCUAGAAGUUUCAGCUUCAAUAGAUGGCGAAUUUACCUUCAAUGGCUUCCAAGGUGCUAAUCUGAGCUCCGACGGAGUAGCAUCAGUGAUGCCCAAUGGUCUCCUGAGACUGACCAACCUCACGAUGCAUGCGACGGGCCAUGCCUUCCAUCCCACUUCGCUUCUCUUCAAAAAUUCUCAAAUCGGCAGCGUCAUCUCCUUCUCUACGACAUUCGUGUUUGCAAUCGUCCCGGGAUAUCCACUAGGUGGCAUGGGGAUGGCCUUCGUUCUCUCUCCUUCCAAAAAUCUCUCUGGAGCCACACAUAGCCAGUACUUGGGCCUCUUCAACCCCAGUAACAAUGGCAACUUAUCAAACCAUAUUGCUGCAGUUGAGCUCGACACAUCCUUCAACCCUGAAUUCAAAGACAUCAACGACAAUCAUGUAGGAAUCGACAUCGAUAGCUUGGUUUCCACCGAGUCCUAUUAUGCCGGCUAUUUCACAAAUGAUGGCAAGUUUAGGAACCUUACCCUCAUGAGUGGCGAACCAAUGCAAGUUUGGAUCGACUACGAUGGUAAAGCAAUGCAGCUUAAUGUAACGUUGUCUCCUUUCAAAGCACCUAAACCAAAUCAUCCUAUCUUGUCUUCAAAUAUCAACCUUUCCAGCGUAUUCUUCGACCGCAUGUAUGCGGGCUUCUCAGCAUCUACCGGCACGGUUCAAGCAUCUCACUACAUUCUUGGGUGGAGCUUCAAGUUGGAUGGGAUUGCUCAGCCACUAGAUUACUCCAAGCUGCCACAUCUCCCUCGGAGCAAAUCCAAACGGAGGCCAAGGGGUAUGGCUAUUUGGAUCCCCAUAUUGGUGUUGGUGUUCUUCUUAGUAACUGCGGCUAUUGUUCUUUUUGUCGUGAGAAGGAAGAACAAGUUUGCAGAGAUUCUUGAGGACUGGGAACUUGAAUAUGGAACUCAUAGGUUCUCAUACAGAGAUCUCUACAGAGCCACCCACGGCUUCAAAGACAGCGGCCUUCUUGGAGUAGGAGGCUUUGGGAGGGUCUACAAAGGGGUCCUACGCACUUCUAAUACUGAAGUUGCUGUCAAAAGGGUCUCCCAUGAAUCCAAGCAGGGGGUGAGGGAGUUUGUAGCUGAGAUCACGAGCAUCGGUCAGCUCCGGCAUCGCAGCCUGGUCCAGCUCCUGGGUUACUGCCGGCGCAAGGGGGAAUUACUGCUGGUAUAUGAAUUCAUGCCCAAUGGCAGCCUCGACAAGCUUCUGUUCGACCAGAAGAAAUCCAUCCUGGAUUGGGCUCAAAGGCUUCGGAUCAUCAACGGCGUCGCUCUCGGCCUCCUGUACUUGCAUGAAGAGUGCGAGCAGGUCAUCGUCCAUCGAGACAUCAAAGCCAGCAACGUACUGCUAGACGAUGAAUUGAACGGUAAACUAGGAGAUUUUGGGCUCGCAAGGCUAUACGAUCAUGGGAGCGAUCCAAGAAGCACCAUUGCGGUGGGAACAAUGGGCUAUCUCGCACCGGAGCUCACCAAGAGAGGGAAGGUGACUACGAGCACUGAUGUGUUUGCUUUUGGAGCUUUCCUUCUCGAGGUUGCUUGCGGACGAAGGCCAAUCGAACCGAGAGCAUCAAAGGAGGAGACAGUAUUGGUCGACUGGGUCAUGAAGAAUUGGCGAAGAGGAGCUAUUCUCGGUGUUGUGGACUGGAGAUUGCAAGGUCGAUACGUAGUCGAGGAAGUCGAGCUAGUGUUGAAGCUGGGGCUGCUUUGCUCGCACCCGUCACCAGCUGCAAGGCCUAGCAUGAGGAAUGUGAUACAGAUACUAGAUGGUGUCCUUCCAAUGCCGGAGCUGGUGGUUGAUCAAUAGGAACUGCUUCAGUUCAGUCUGAAGGCAGAUGAUUGAGUAGAAUUCACUGUCAAGUGUCAAUCGAACUCUGUUAAUGAAUUAGGAGGGUGCCAACUGACCUAGUUUGGUUCAGUUGGCAAAACAUCUUGUGCUUUUAAGAGACAUGGAUUUUAUGAAUCACCAAGCUACUUUGACAUAUGAAUUGCUGAACGU